ACAGAAGAUCGCCGGAGAUGGAGCGGCUAUCAUGGAUCCACCAUUAUUGAAGGCGUAACAUCAAAGGAUUGCAUUCAUAUUUAAAGUCGUGGCAGUGCAAGAGAGAGCAAGCCAGCCAAGGCGAUUGGAUCUUGCACCUGCCAACAAGGUACGGGGAAGAUCAUGGCGUCCGAUGGCAAGAGCAAGAUCCUUGUGAUCGGCGCGACGGGGUACAUCGGCAGGCACGUCGUCGCGGCCAGCGCGCGGCUCGGCCACCCCACCCUGGCGCUCGUCCGGGACGCCGCCCCCUCCGACCCGGCCAAGGCGCAGCUGCUCAAGACCUUCCAGGACUCGGGCGUCACGCUCCUCACGGGCGACCUCUACGACCACGGCAGCCUGGUGAGCGCCGUCAAGGCGGCCGACGUCGUCAUCUCCACGCUGGGCUCGAUGCAGAUCGCCGACCAGACCAAGCUCAUCGCCGCCAUCAAGGAGGCCGGCAACGUGAAGAGGUUCUUCCCGUCGGAGUUCGGGCUGGACGUGGACCGCACCGGCGCCGUGGAGCCGGCCAAGUCCAUCUUCGCCCUCAAGGCGGGCAUCCGCCGCGCCGUCGAGGCCGAGGGCAUCCCCUACACCUACGUGGUGGCCAACUACUUCGCCGGGUACUCGCUCCCCACCAUCGGGCAGGUGCUCUCCCCGGCGCCCCCGACCGACAGCGUCGUCAUCCUCGGCGACGGCGAGACCAAGGUCGUCUUCGUGGACGAGGCGGACAUCGGCACGUACACGGUGCUGGCGGCGGACGACCCCCGGGCGGAGAACAAGGUGCUGUACAUCAAGCCGCCGGCCAACACGCUGUCGCACAACGAGCUGGCGUCGCUGUGGGAGAAGAAGACCGGCAAGACGUUCCAGAGGGUGUACGUCCCCGAGGACGCCGUCCUCAAGCAGAUCCAAGAGGCGCCAAUCCCGAUGAACAUCAUCUUCUCGAUCGGCCACGCGUCGUACAUCAAGGGGGACCAGACCAACAUCGAGAUCGCGCCGUCGUUCGGCGUGGAGGCGAGCGAGCUGUACCCUGACGUCAAGUACACCACCGUCGACGACUUACUCAACAGGUUGCUGUGAAGAUAUGCCUGCUGAUCUAUCUGUCUUUGAGGCCAGUGAUGGUCAGUAUAUGAACGGACUGUGUGUGUUUGGGACUGAUGAUGUCCGAUGAGUCGACACUUGUAUGCUUCUGGUUACUUUUGUUGGUUUGUAUGUCCUCCCUCAUGGAUGAAUAAAUUACUCGGGAUGUCCUUUA